UGUUCAGUGCUAAAUACUAAAAAGUUUGAUAAGCUGAUGCAACGAAUUUUUGGCUCAGAAAAUGCAUCCGGCCACGUCCUCCCCAUGCACAUUCACACACAGAUCCCGCCGCGAGUCGUGUGCUGUGCGACCUACACAACUUUCAAUUCGUCCGUCAGGGGUUGUUGGUUCGGUCGCCUACCCUGUUUGUAUUUGGUGCUGUGAAAAUAAUAAACGCAAAGGAACGGAGAAAUAAUAAGUGCACCCAUAAAUAGUAUACAUAGUACCACCAGAGUGCAUUACACACGGGACAGCUUGUGGAGUCAAAACAAAGACCCCGAAGAAAUUACAAUAAAAAUGAAUAUGAUAAUCCAGAACCAGGUAGGACGAUUGUUUCGCUAGAAACCUGUAUUCGAUCGGGUCGAGUUGACGAGGCAUUAGAAAGAGUGCGUAUAUCUUCGUUCCGCGUCGCAGUAGGUCGGUGCGCCUGUACAGAUGAAAAUCAAGGGCAGCAUUGAUACCAAUUCGAAACUCGGUCACCACCAUCGCAGCAGCCCACCACGCACAGAGCUUCUAAUCAAUUAUCAAUUUUACGGUGCAGCUCGCGACCCUCUGACGUAAGCAAGCAUAUCACAACAUAGUGUUGUUGAGGCAGUACAGUUACUUUCCUAUCCGGAGCGCUUCGAAGCUCCAUAUCCACGCAGAGAGAGAGAGAGAGAAGCGACAAAAAGUCCAAAAGUGACAAAACCGGACUGAUCGGUUCCGAUUGGUGUCGUCUGCGUGGCGACAACCGCAACGUUCCGCAGGGAAGUGGUGCGUGGCAACCAUCCGCCGCCAAUAGAGAAGAUAACAAUAACACACACGCAAAAUCUAGUCGACAUGUCAUCGGGGGGAGGAGCGCUGGGAAGCGGACACAAUCUGACGGCGGAUCGGGAGUUCCGAUACGUGGUGCAGUGGUUCACCGAGUGGAGCGAUUUCCAGCGGGAGGACUUUGUGCCGGUGCUGGCCACAUAUUUGGCGCAGGGAAAUCCCGGAGGACCGGUGUACGUGAAUGGGAUCAUCAGCGGAAUGGCCAACGUCAGCGGACAGGACAAACCGAUGAGCUUGUUCCAGUGUAGGGUUAAACUUUUCAACGAAUGGAUUCCCAAAUGGCCCGAAUCCAACCGGGAAAAGCUACUGGAGAGGCUUACCGAGAUCGAUCCGGAAUUUGGCAGGCGAGUGCAGCAAGAACUGGCCGGAGAGCACACCACCGUCGAAACGAAUGAACCCGGCUUGGAGUACUAUGAAAACGGAGGCGAUCAUCUAUCGAGCAUGGAAUGCCAGACUCCCUACUCGGCGGCGACGGUGCCAGAACCCACUACGAUGGAACAACCAACGGUGACGCCCAUCGCCCUGGUGAUCGGUGAAGACUAGAUCGAAACUCUACCUAACUGAAUUGUUUGCAUUCCAUUUUGGCUUGUGGCCAAUUUUUCAUACUAAAAGUGAUUAAAAGCGACUUAGUGCGUUGGGAUUUUGGCAAAAAUUACCAAAACUCGAAGUCGUUUGUUACUUUCAGUCUGAAGGAAGUACGCGCACUGAGAAUCCAUAUCUUGUUUCUUUCUAUUACAUAUUAUUAUCAUUGUACGAAAGACGUAAUAGUUUGCUAUUUAUUUUUUCCCCCGCAGCAACAUUCCGCGUAGCUCAUAUUUAAUUAAUUUAUUGCAACUGAUUAGCAUUAGCACCCGGGCGAAUCUCGACCGUCUCCCACCCACCACAGAGUUUUCCUUUUUUGCCACUCUUGAAAUAGCUAUAUAAUUUAAUAUCUAACUAAAAAGAAAGGCACACUGAGAAAAUGUUGUCAGCUUCGGUAAUUACCUGGGAGAAGCUUGCGUUUGAAAUUUACCAAUAGUUGGUAAACACUGAAUGUCGAUAAGUUUUUAUUGUUGAAAAAAAAGCAGCGACUGAUUUUUAAACAAAAAAAAAUCGAAUAGUUGUAUUGCGACAAAAUAAAUGCCGAAAUUGAAGACAUUUUCUAAGUGUGUAGAUACAUAUGAUUUAAGUAUAUGGAAAACGACAAAUCAAAAACGAAGCUCAGAAAUAUUUAUGAUCGCGAAAGUAGUAGGUAGCUAUUAAGAAGAGAGUUAAGUAAAAAAGCAAUUUUGAAUUUGCCAUACUACAAAAAGUUCUCAAUUAUUAGAACGUAUAUUAUAUAUAUUUAGCCAGCAAACUUAUAAUAGGAAUAACCCCCGUGAUCCUCCAAGGAAGUGGAAAGAGAAACAAUAUAUAAAAUAUUACUUGA